CAGUGUGCAACACCGGCUUGUGUACUCGCUUCCUGAUAACGGAACAAUCGUAGGCUUUUAUUGUAAGUACCAGUGUGAGUGCCUCGCACACUGCGGCAGGACUGCAGCCAUGAUUCACCCUCGGACUCUCAGAGUAGAUUAUGACCAAACUACAAGCGUGUUAUGUGUGGUCGGCUCGGGACUCAAAGUGAACCCCAACAGGAGUGCCCCUCCCAGCUCCAAGUUCUUCUCUGUGAAGUGCACCGCCAAUGUUCAGCACAGCAUCGCCCCAACACCUCAGGAGACAAGCCACCUCUCUCCCAUCCCUCUCAACGGAAACUCAGUACUACUGAUUCGCAUGAGCCAUGCCAGUGAAACUGAAAAUGAUGGCAAGCUGUCUGUUCGGUACUACGGAGAGAAUAAAGAGGUCUUGGGAAAAGCAAUCCUUCACCUGACAGCUGUUGAGAUCUCUCUGGAUGUGGACGCUGACAGAGACGGUGUUGUGGAGAAAAACAACGCUAAUAAGGGAUCCUGGAAAUGGGGUUCGAAUGGGCAUGGAGCCAUCCUAUUGGUCAACUGUGACUCCGAGCGGACCUACUGGAAGAAACCGGACAGCGAGCAGGACCACGUCUCCAAAGUGUCAGAUCUGAAGGACAUGUCUGUCAUGGUGCUGCGAACAAGAGGCCCUACCAAGCUCCCAGAGGGCUACAAGCUCACCAUGCACAUCUCUCAGGGGGACGCAGAGAGUGUCAGAGUCUUCAUGGCCGCGUCCUCUGAAGUGAAGAAGAAUACACUGGAGAAGCUCUUGUAUAACUACUUUGUGAAGGACUACCCACUGGUGCUGAACAGUGAGGUGCUGUCCCAGGAAGUGCCUUACGUCGGAGGCGUGGCAGAGAUGAAAUUUUAUGUGGAGGGCCUCAGGUUUCCCGACAAAGACUUCGACGGGCUCAUCAGCAUCCACCUCAGUCUGUUAGAGCCCAUCUGCAGCGGUCUCCCUGAGACGCCUAUUUUCACAGACACAGCCGUGUUCAGAGUGGCACCGUGGAUCAUGACACCCAACACCCUCCAGCCUGUCGAGGUGUUUGUCUGCAGCACGUCUGACAACUACCACUUCCUUAAAGGAAUGAGGAACCUUGUCGCAAAGAGCGGGUACAAGCUUAAGAUUUGCCAUGAGUAUGUGAACAGAGGAGAUCGCUGGAUGCAGGACGAGCUGGAGUUUGGCUACAUCGACUCCCCUCAUCACCGGUUUCCUGUAGUCCUGGAUUCCCCUCGUGAUGGAAAGCUCAUGGAUUUUCCAUAUCAUGAGCUACUGGGCCCCGACUUCGGCUAUGUGACGAGGAUUGCCCAGAAAAAAGAUGUGAGCAGUCUGGACUCGUUCGGUAAUCUGGAGGUUAGUCCUCCCGUCAGUGUGAACGGAAAGAACUACCCCCUGGGCAGAAUCAUCAUUGGAGUGGCUUUCCCUACGGCCACUAAAGGACGGAACAUGACCAAAGUAGUUCAAGACUUCUUGUGGGCUCAGAAGGUUCAGGAGCCCAUCGCCUUAUUCUCUGACUGGCUCCUCGUCGGACACGUAGAUGAAUUCAUGACUUUUGUUCCUGCACCUGACAGAAAGGGCUUCAGGCUGCUGCUGGCCAGCCCAGACGCAGGCUACAAACUAUUCAGAGGCUUACAGAGCGAUGGACACGGGCAAGCCAAACUGUUUGAGGGUCUGAAAGAUGAACAGCCAAUAACGGUGGAUGAGAUACUUAAGGAUGAAAAGCUCCAAGGGGAGAAUAACUACGUGCAGAGCUGCAUCGACUGGAACAGGGAUGUGCUGAAGCGCGAGCUGGGCCUGGACGACGAGGACAUCAUCGACCUGCCAAUCCUCUUCAAGUUAGAGGCGGCUCUUGAGCAGGAGACCGAGUACAGAGCCGUGGCUUACUACCCUGACAUGGUGAACAUGAUCGUCUUGGGGAAAAACCUCGGCAUCCCGAAGCCCUUUGGCCCCAAGGUGAAUGGACGCUGUGUCCUGGAGGCGGAGAUGUGCUCCCUGAUGGAGGGCCUGGGCCUCAACUGCACGUUCAUCGACGACUUCGCCUCCUACCACAAACUGCUGGGAGAGGUGCACUGCGGCUCCAACGUCCGCAGGGAACCGUUUGACUUCAAGUGGUGGAACCUGGAGAUGUGAAGGAAAACUGAACUGUGUGUGGAGAGAAGUUCAGGAGGCAGCAGGAGGGGGGUUUCAAAAACACUGAAGUGAUUAAGAAAAUAAUUGCCUUAACUUUCUGUGUCAAAGCCUUACAUUGUGUCCAAAAUUAUGCUUAAUUGUCCUCAUCGUUUUGCAAUACGUGCCCAUACAUAACACCGUAACCAUCAUCAUGUAGGAAGAAUUACUCAAGGGUAUGAUGUAUUAUUAUUAUUAUGCAUCUUCCUCUUUAUUAAACAUUUGUUGGCUUUAUUUACAAAAAGAAUGUAAAGCAAUAUUUACAAACAUGACUUUUGAACAAGGGCUUAAGCAGACUGUCGUCAAGAACAGAAACAGAAAUACAAUCAUUUGAACGGAGCACAUCGAAGGUUCACUCCCAAUCGUGUUGUGUGGCAAGCACAGUUAGAUGAAUGGUACCACAUGAUGAUGUGCUAUGAUAUUACAGAGUCACAAGAGGGCGCACUUCAUCUUCUCAAGCAUUUCCAAAGUCCAAAGGAAAAAUCUUAUAUUUAAAUAAAUCAAUUUCAAAGGCUGUAAUUACACAUGUGUAAUAAUUAUUAACAAAAAUGUAUCUUUAUAAUUCUUCAAUGCCAUUUCUCUGUAGAGUCGAAAGCAACAUGUUGAUUUGUAGCUAUUAACGGCUUGAUGGAUGCAGUAUAGGCUGUUUUGCAUUUGGUCUAGUGUCUUUUGUACUUUGUCAAACUGUAAAUGCUGUCUUUAAUUCCCCAUAGACAAUAAAUCUCUUGUCCCGCUUCAGUCAUAUCA